AAACAUUAUACCACACAACCCAUUUAACAUCAGCGGAUUCAACUUUAUUUACCCACUAAAAUAGUGUAUCUACAUGUGUAUAUGUUACCCAUAUACAUAUAUAAACAUUGCUCUAACUUUAUUUCUUUUUUCUUGGGUUUACAAGAUUCUCUAACAUGUCUCCCUCAUUCCAUGCUCUCUUCUCUCUUUGCACCCUUAUAGUAGUAGCUUCUUCUUCAUCCCUCUCCUUAAACCCUUCUGCAACUCAUCUUCUUCAAUUCCUUUACAGUCUUCCAAAGCAGUCUCAGGAGCUUCUUCCAUGGAAUCUAUCAACUCCACCUUGCAACUGGCCAGGUGUUUCAUGCUACCCCCAGAAAGACAACACUACUUUUCAACUCAAGGCCUUGAACCUCACCGGUUAUGGACUCUCCGGCGUCUUACACAAACCGGUUUCCUAUCUCUGCCGCCAUGAAAGUUUGCUUUCUCUUGACCUCAGCGGGAACAAGUUCACCGGCGGCAUACCGCCCAUACUCUCAGAUUGUAGCCGACUGAAUACUCUUCUUUUGAAUGAUAAUGGCUUGACAGGGAAAAUCCCACCUGGGUUGUUUCAAUCAAAGCGGUUUUCGAGGAUUGAUUUGGGUUAUAACUCGCUUUCUGGAAAAAUCCCGGCUGAGGUAAAUCUCUCUGUUAAUCUUGAAUAUCUUGGAUUGUACAAUAACUUUUUGAGUGGAAAGAUUCCGGCUGAGAUUUUCUCUUUGCCGAAGUUGAAGUUUUUGUACUUGAACACAAACAACCUAACCGGUGAACUUCCAGAUUUUCCAUCUCCAUGUCCUAUUCUUGAACUUUGGAUUCAUGAGAAUAAACUUUCAGGUACUUUGCCUAAGACCCUGAGUUCAUGCCAAAAUCUUACCAUGUUUAUAGCUUCUGAAAAUGAUUUUCAAGGUACCAUUCAACCGAAGAUCUUCAAUGGUGUUGAACAACUCCAAGUCCUUUACCUUAAUGGCAAUAAUCUUGAAGGGGAAAUUCCAGAGACUUUAUGGUCUCUUAGAAAUUUACAGGAGCUUGUUCUUUCUGAAAACAGACUUAAUGGGACUUUAUCUGAGAGAAUUGGUGAAUGUAAUCAGCUUUCUAUUGUUGCUUUAUCAGAAAAUAAUCUUGUGGGUCAGAUUCCUAAAUCAAUAGGAAAUCUUACUUAUUUAUAUGAAUUGUUACUCUUUAACAACAUGCUUACUGGUUCAUUGCCUUCAGAACUGGGAAACUGCAGUUCAUUAGUACAACUUAGGCUUCAGCAUAACUUUAUUAGAGGAAAAAUUCCUAGAGAGUUUUCGAAACUUCGAAAUCUCGAGAUUUUGCAUCUGUUCAACAAUGGAAUUGAGGGAAAUGUGCCUAAAGAGAUUGGUAAUAUUAGCAAUCUUGUGGAGUUGGCUUUGUAUGACAACAGUUUGAGUGGAACACUCCCAGAUGAAAUUACCCAUUUGAGGAAACUUACAUUUCUGUCAUUGGCUCAUAAUAAUCUCACCGGAAAGUUGCCGGAAAUGCUCGGGAAAAGUUCCUCUGGUUUAGUCAAAUUAGAUUUAUCAGGGAACAGAUUUCAUGGAGCUAUUCCUUCAAGCUUAUGCACUUAUAAUAAUCUUUCAGUUUUAGCUCUUGCAAACAACCGGUUCAAUGAGAGUUUUCCGGUUGAAAUUGGGAAGUGCUCAUCUCUCAAGAGGGUGAUUCUCAGUUACAAUCUCUUGAAUGGAAAUAUAUCAGAUACCAUGAAUAAGAACUCUGGAAUCAUUUACAUGGAUGUUAGAGGAAACUUGCUUGAAGGAAAGAUACCCAACCUUCUUGGUUACUGGAACAAUCUGUCAAUGCUGGACCUUUCAGAGAAUCGGCUUUGGGGUUCUAUUCCUCCUGAGUUUGGAAAUUUGAAGAAUCUUCAGGUAUUGAGAUUGUCUUCUAAUAAGUUGACAGGAAGCAUUCCAGCUAGCUUGAGUGGCUGCAAACAGAUAAUUGAACUCGAUCUUAGCAAAAAUUCUCUCUCGGGAAGCCUUCCUGCAGAGAUGACAAGUUUAGAAAAACUGCAAAGUCUUCUUCUUGAAGAGAACGAACUCAAUGGAUCUAUACCUGAUUCGUUUUCGGCCCUUGGAAAUCUCAUCAAGUUGCAGCUGGGAAGCAACAUGCUUCAGGGUCCAAUUCCUUGCAGCAUAAGUAACCUGCAUCAUUUCAGUUCACUUCUUAAUUUGAGCCACAAUAGGCUUUCUGGAGAAAUCCCAGGAUGUCUUGGAAAACUAGACAAGUUACAGAUUCUUGAUCUAUCAAGCAACAGACUUUCCGGGGAAAUCCCAGUGGAACUCAACAACAUGAUCUCACUCUCAUUUGUCAACAUCUCAUUCAAUCACCUGGUAGGAAAUCUCCCAUCUAAAUGGACACAAAUGGUGGCUUCCAAUCAAGAGUGUUUUAUAGGAAAUCCAGGACUUUGCUUGUCAGGUUAUUGUGAGGAAGCUCGAAAAGGCCAUAACAGAAGCCAGUUGUUGGCUGGUGUGACCAUUGGCGUUGUCUUCUUUUUGGUGCUGUGUGCUGUAGUCUACGCAUUUAUAGUCCGAAAGCUUAGAGAGAAAUUCCUUCAAGAUAAAUCUCCUCUGAAAGAAUAUAGAUGUAAAGUUGAGGAUUUGCCAGAGGAUUUAAGACUUGAAGACAUAAUGCGAGCGACUGAAGGAUGGAGUGACAAGUAUGUGAUUGGAAGAGGCAAGCAUGGAACAGUUUACAAGACACAAUCUCUAAACUCGAGAAAGAAUUGGGCGGUUAAGAAGGUAAACUUGUCGGAGACAAAUUUCAGAAUUGAGAUGAGAACCCUGAGGUUCGUUAGGCACAGAAAUGUGGUGAGAAUGGCAGGUUACUGCAUCAGAGAUAGCUAUGGUUUCAUUGUGACAGAGUACAUGCCCGGAGGAACCCUUUUCGAUGUGCUUCAUAGGAAAGAAAACCGGUUAAUUCUGGACUGGAACACUCGAUACAGAAUUGCUUUAGGCAUAGCUCAAGGCCUUUCCUAUCUUCAUUAUGAUUGUUCGCCACAAAUCAUUCAUAGGGAUAUCAAGUCAAACAAUGUUCUUCUGGAUUCUGAACUCGAACCUAAGAUUGCCGAUUUUGGGACAGCAAAAUUGGUUCAUGAUUCUGAUGCAAGCUCAACAAAGUCUUCAAUAAUCGGCACCCUUGGCUACAUGGCACCAGAGACAGCAUAUUCAACCCAGUUGACAGCGAAAAGUGAUGUUUAUAGCUACGGUGUGAUUCUGCUGGAGAUUUUAAUCAGAAAAUUGCCUGUAGAUCCAAGCUUUGAAGAAGGAAUGGACAUUGUAUUAUGGACAAGACAGAAGUUGAUGGAAAAUGAAGAGAGUAUUUCUUUUCUUGAUGAAGAGAUUAGCCUGUGGGACAGUGAUGAACAGUACAAAGCACUUAGACUGUUGGAAUUGGCACUAAGUUGCACUGAACCAGUAGCUAGUUCAAGACCUUCCAUGAGAGAUAUUGUAGGAGUUCUUCAGAAGUUGAAUGCUAAACUCCCUAGAGAUUCUAAUAAGUUUCAACUGAAAAAAUAGCAUGAAAUGCAGAAGUUUUAACUAGCAUUUUAUUGUCAUUUGAAAA